AUGUGGAGGAAGAUGUUGAAGCUGAGAGAUAUAGCAAAGAGUUUUUAUACGAAGGAUAUUGGGAAUGGUCGGCAUACAUCUUUUUGGUAUGAUAGAUGGCUAGACAGAGGUGUCCUCUUUCAUUUGUUGGGUGAGAGAGGUAUUAUUGACCUGGGUAUUGGCAGGGAAGCUACGGUUGAGGAUGCAACUUUAAGUAUGAGAAGGAGAAGGAGACAUCAUAUAGAGGUGUUAAAUGAUAUUGAAGUUGAGUUGAAUGAAGUGAAGAAUCAGUUGUGUAAUACGAGUGAGGAUGUUAGUCUGUGGAGAAGAGAAUCAGGAUUCAAACAAGAGUUCUCAACUCAUGAAACAUGGUGUAUCUUGCGAGAGACUAAGUCGCCGUGUCGUUUGUCUCGUGGUGUUUGGUUCUCUCAAGCAACUCCUAAGUAUGCAUUCUUGACUUGGUUGGCUACGUUAAACAGGCUAUCUACUAUGGAUAGAGUUUUCCGUUGGAAUCAAGGAGUUGAUACAACCUGUGCUUUAUGCAAAACAGCUCAAGAGUCAAGAGAUCACCUCUUCUUUGAGUGUUCUUAUUCAACUCAGGUAUGGGAGUUUCUUGUUAAAGGGAUUUUGAGGGAAUCGUAUAGAAAUGCGUGGGAGGCUAUUCUGAUCCUGAUAUCUGAUGAGAAGAUGGAAAGGAAGAAGUUGUUUUGUAUCAGAUAUGCAUUCCAAGUGGCUAUGUAUUCUCUUUGGCGUGAGAGAAAUAAGUUGCAUCAUGGGGAGAAGAUUAUGCCAAUGGAAGUUUUGAAGAGGAUGUUAGAUAAAGGGGUGAGGAAUAAAUUAAGCUUGAUGAGAUCAAAGAAAGUAAGAGGCAUGGAGGGUGGUUACAAUUUUGGUUUAGUACAAGAUUGUAGAGUUCUUUAA